AUGGCCCUCUCAACCAUCCUCACCACCCUCUUCGUCGGAGGCGCAUACGCCAUCACCCCCGUUCCGAUUAAGACGGGCUGUUCGACUUUUCCCACCUACGAUGCUUCGACUGGCAUGACAGAUCUUUUCCAAGUCACCGUCAGCGGAUGCGUGAAUACCACCGCGCCAUCAAACAGCCGCCAAGCAUGCAGCAUUGAAGGAUUCGGCGAUAGCUCCGUCGUGCGACAGGUCUUUGACGAGCAGGGCGGGAUCAAGCAGGGUUAUAUAACAAUCGUGCAUAAAAACGACCUCGCCAAAAUCCCCCUCCGCUGCAACGACGCCACCCCCAACCUCCUCGAAGGCCGCGUCGAGACUGGCGUUAGCGACUUCUCCUGGCAACAGCUCAACAUCACCAACAUCCCGUACUCCGCAUCACUGAUGUGGGGAUUACCCGAGGACGAGAGCAUCUCCGUUGAAUUCUACAACCACUACAACGACGGGAAGAAGGAGGAUGGAAUCUUCCUGGGUGCGAAUGACGUCACGCAGUGGGGGAUUAAGUAUUAUGGGCCUGAUGCGGGGUCACAUGGACUGCCGUAUUGGUUUUUUAGGUUGUUGGGAGAGGGAAGCGAGGAUCCGGUUACUGGGGAGGAAGUUGCGGAGGGGGAGUAUAGGACUUUUAUCAGGGUUGAUGGGAGUUGA